AUGAAGUCGAGCAGUAUUAUUUCUGAGCAUUCUUUGGUAAUUAAAAGCUUUGAGAUUUCCCAUGGCAAUUAUCAGAACCUGAAUAAGGAAACUCAUCCAGAGGACAUCGAGUUGACCAGGGCUGUGUUCACAGUCUUCAAAAUUGCAAUCCCAAGCAGCCUGACUCUUUAUGUGGAGUACAUGUGUCUUUUCUUAAAUGUAUUGUUCAUUGGAUUUGUCGAUGACCCUAUCCUUCUGGGUGGACUCGGUCUCGGAAUCUUCUUAGUUACCCAUCUAAUGCUAUCAUGGGGAGUUGGGCUCUGUGGAGGUCUUGACACACUUGUGUCACAAGCUUUUGGACGGAACGAGCUGAAAUUAUGUGGUACAUAUCUCAAUACUUCAAGGAUAAUUCUGUGUAUCCUCUUUGUUCCGCAGUUCCUGGUCUUGUUUAACAGCAAGUACUUCCUUGUGGCUAUUGGACAACCUGAAGAAACAGCAGAGAUUGCACAGACUUAUGCAAGAAUCUCACUAAUAGGUGAAUUCUUUCAUGUACAGUUUGAAGCAACAAGGAGGUUUCUGAUGAAUCAAGGAAUCUUUACACCUGUGCUAUACUGACUCGCUAUCUCAACAUUAUCUCAUAUCGUUGGGUUAUUCUUAGCAAUAUUUUACUUCGAGUCUGGAGUUGAAGGAGUAGCCACAGCAACUUUAAUCUCAGCUACUCUAAGUUUCGUAUUAGUUCAGGUCUAUGUCAAUUUUAAUAAAGAAAUAGUUUUGUCGGAGAAGUGGUUCUUUCAAGAUAUUGAGGCUGUCAGAAUGAUUCCUGAGUAUCUCAAGUAUGGACUUUCUACUACAGUAAUGACUUGACUUGAGUGGUUAGGGUAUGACAUUCUCAAUAUAUUUGCAGGCUUACUUGGACCGAAGAAACAGACUGCAUUUGUAAUAAUGAUGCAGGUUUGGUAUAUUUUAGCCUGGAAUUCUUUUGGUAUCACAUAUUCUUGCACAGGCUUGAUUGGAUCAGCUUUAGGAGAAAAUAAGCCUAAGACAGCAAGAAAAUACUCUUAUGCCGCUUUGAUAGUUGGAUAUUCUGAGAAUAUAGUGCUUCUAGUAUUAUACACUAUCUUUAGAAGUGACAUAAUUUCAUUGUUCACGACCGAUGAGGAAAUCAAUGAUUUGAUCAAUGGUUCGUUUGUUCUCUAUCUUACUAUGGUGUUUAAUGAUUUAUCCGCCCAAGUUUGUGGAGGUAUUGUCCGAGCAGUAGGUGCUCAGAAUAAAGGGGCUAUUAUCCAAAUCACAUCUCUGUGGGUCAUUGCAGUCCCAUCUGCAUUUCUGGUAGGAGUUUAUUUCGAAUAUGGAUUCAAAGGCUUAUGGUACAUCCCUCCUUUCGGAGUACUCUGAAUCCACGCUGGCUAUGUAGCCUUAGUCUUGUUAGCAUCUUGGAAGAAAGUUGCAGCAGAGGCUUCAACAAAGCUAUCUGCACUUAAUUAA